ACCAGCAGUUCGAAUCCUGCCGUGCGCUCUGCUAAAACUGCAUUUUAGACGUCUGUGGAAGGAGGCUCUGUACGGGUUCUGAUUGGUGCUGGAUUACGAUGGGGAUCUUUACUAACACUCGGACAAAAGAGAACUGUUUCUGUUUGGUUCUCCUCGUUUUAUUUGGAGAGCAGGCUUGCGCUCAGAUCCGGUAUUCUGUCCCGGAGGAGGUCCAAGAAGGAACUGUGGUGGGAAACGUCGCCAAGGAUCUCGGACUUGACGUCAGCAGCUUAGUAGAUCGACGUUUUCGCGUCGUGUCCGGUUCCGAGGAGGCUAUUUUUGAGGUAAACCAGAACAAUGGGGCCCUGUUCGUGCGCCAUCACAUCGACAGAGAGCGGCUGUGCCAAGGCGGCGCUGCGUGUCUCAUGGAGCUCAAAAUCCUUGUGGAAAACCCGCUAGAAAUCCACUACGUCCUGGUAGAAAUCGCGGAUGUGAACGACCACUCUCCGAGCUUCCCGGAACCGGAGCAGACGUUCGAAAUCGCGGAGCACACGUUGCCGGGGAGGAGAUUUCAGUUGCACACGGCGCGGGAUCCUGACGCGGGUUCGAAUUCCAUUCGCACGUACACUCUGACGCAAAACGAUCAUUUUGAAAUUAAUAUCCGUCAAAGCGACGCGGGGAAGGUUCCGUUUCUGGUGCUGAAGAAACAUCUGGACCGGGAACAGAAGGACUCACACUGGCUGCUCGUCACAGCAGCUGAUGGGGGUAAACCUCCACGGUCAGGCACUCUCAAUGUGUCCAUUAUUGUCCUUGACAUUAACGAUAAUAGACCAAUAUUUAGUCAGGAUAAUUAUCAAAUUACAAUAAAUGAAAAUAUUCAAAUUGGCACUUCAAUAUUCAAAAUAAACGCCAGUGAUCCAGAUGAUGGCAUAAACGGGGAGCUAGAAUAUAAAUUUGGAAAAACAUUAAGUCGAGAAGUGUAUGACAAUUUUGAGUUGGACCAAUUAACUGGAGAAAUAAGAGUCAAAGGAAUAAUAGACUACGAAGAAAGAGAUGCAUAUGAGCUCGAUGUUGAGGCGUCAGAUCGAGGAAUACCCCCCCUGACAGGCGAGUGUAGAGUCAUAAUCCAAAUAAAAGAUGUCAACGAUAACACGCCUAAGAUAGAAGUGACAUCGCUGUCGAAUAAAGUGUCCGAAGACUCAAAACCUGGUACUGUUAUUUCCCUAAUUAGUGUGACUGAUAAAGACUCUGGUGUUAAUGGGAAAAUUAUUUCACAAAUAACUAAUAAUGUACCUUUUGAAUUAAAGCCUUCCUAUAAGGAGAACACUUAUUCGGUUGUUACUAAAACUUUUUUGGAUAGAGAGGACGUGUCACAAUAUGAAUUAAUAAUUAAAGCCACUGAUUGCGGCGAGCCUUCGUUAUCUACUUUUAAAAUUCUAAAUGUUCUGGUCUCGGAUGUCAAUGACAACGGUCCACAUUUUCAGCAAAGCCCGUUAGAGUUUUAUAUUUUAGAAAACAACAUUGCAGGAAAGUCGGUGUUUGCAGUGAGCGCAACUGACAACGACAUCGAUGACAACGCGGUUAUUUCAUAUCAAAUAUUUAGAGGGGAAAGUGCAAGUGAUAUAGCGUCUUUUCUAAAUAUUAAUUCAGAAACCGGACAAAUAUCAGCGCUAAAGAGUUUUGAUUUUGAGACGCUGAAAAGCUUCCAGUUCCAAGUGGUGGCCACAGACGCUGGAAGUCCUCCACUGAGCAGCAACGUAACAGUGAAGGUGUUCAUACUGGAUCAGAACGACAACGCUCCGGUCAUCCUGUAUCCAGUCAGCUCCAACGGUUCCUCGGAAGGCGUGGAGGAGAUUCCCCGCAAUAUGAAAGCAGGAGACUUGGUGACUAAAGUCCGAGCCUAUGACGCUGAUAUCGGAUAUAACGGCUGGUUACUGUUUUCACUGCAGCAAGUCACUGACCACAGUGUCUUUACUUUGGACCGCUAUACGGGCCAGAUCAGAACACUUCGCUCAUUGACAGAGACAGACGAGGCUGAGCAUCAACUGCUCAUACUGGUCAAAGACAAUGGCAACGUUUCACUCUCAGCAACAGCUACUGUGACUGUCAAACUUGUGGAGCCCAAAGAGGCUUUUGCAGCUUCUGAUGUCAAACGUGCAGCAGCAAAAGUGGACAAGGAGGAGGACGACAAUGUGACUUUUUAUCUCAUCAUCACUUUGGGCUCGGUCUCCCUCCUUUUUGUCAUCAGCAUCAUCGUGCUGAUCGCCAUGCAGUGCUCCAAAUCCACAGAGUACACUUCCAAAUAUCUCCAAGACACUAAUUAUGAUGGGACACUGUGUCACAGCAUCCAGUACAGAUCAGGAGACAAACGCUACAUGUUAGUUGGACCCAGAAUGAGUAUCGGUUCUACUGUGGUCCCGGGCAGCCACGCCAACACUCUGGUGCUCCCUGACAGGAGACUCGCUUCUUCUGGGGAGGUAAGACAUAAAAUCAUUCAGCUUCCAUAUUUUUCCUGGAAAUACUUGCACAUGUUGUUCUGGCUUUGCACGAAUAAUGGUUUUUGUGUUACCCUACCUUUUACCUGGAUAUGCUGGGAUAGGCUCCAGCAUACCCGCAACUUGAGUGAUGAGAAGCAGUACAGAAAAUGUAAAGAUGGAUGGGGGCUUGUGUUUGGCUUUGCUGAUUCUACCGUUUUGCAGUAACUCGUUUUGAGGAAA